AACAGGCUGGAUAAGGAGGAAAUGGAAGCAGUAGAGACUACCAUCAGUCAUGCAACAGACGGUGCAGACCAUCAGAAGCCUGUCACAAUGAAACCAAUGACAACAGAACCAGAUUUCAGGACCUCCUAUAGCAGAAGCAGCUGGAAUGGAAAAGAAACUUCAGGUUCCCAGUCUGCCUCAAGGACUCAAAGCUGGUUCCAGCCUGGCCUAGUUUAAGGCUCAACAGGAGCAGGAAGGCUGCUGUGACUCGUUGGAUGGAGAUUUGGGAACAGGAAAUUGGAAAAUCAAUAAAUGAAAUAAUCUCAUUACUCUCUACUCCUUUAUGAGAGUCUAAAGCCACAGCACUAAAGAGAGCACCAGAAUAUGGAUUUGGGAAGGGUAGAUUAGAAAGGGAGUUAGGUGACAACAGAAUUAAAGGGAAUUACUUGAACUGUGGGAAAAAAAACUGAAAUUUUGGGAAUGGAGAAAAUGAUCCACAAACAACAGGUUUAUUCACAGCCUAUGUAAUUCCCUCUUAUUCUACUGCUUUAUCAUAUAUGGUGUUGAGACCGUGUGUUUGGAGAAAGAGUUUAAAUUUACGUAGAACCCUUUUUUUCUUUUUAUGAAAUAAGCACAUUGUUAAACAUAUGUAAAAUAUCAAAAACUACUUAGAAUAGAUUUUUUAAAUUCACACCCUCCUCCACUUCCCACCUCCCACCUCCCACCCUAACUAUGUACCUUUUUCAAUUAGUAAUUAGGGCACACAGGGACAAACAAAAAAAAAUUUCCAUCCCUUCUGUGCUCGCGACCCUAAUCAGAACUGGGCUGCCCCCUUGCGGUCUCUUCGAUGUUGUAGCUACAAUCAGCCCACAGCUCCUGAGUCCUAUCGCCUUUCUCUGUGCUCUCAGUGUUGCAACGGGCAGUGAAUAGUAAAUUCCAGACCUGCCACCCUCCCUUCUUCACUUCUUCAGCGAACAAAUGAAGAAACUGAAGCUGGACAAAGGCAUAACCUAGGAGAUCAGGGGCCUACCCCGCUCCCUGCUUUGUGCAAAGAAAUACAGAAUUAAAGGCGCAGGGCCCGAACAGCCCAGGUAGAAACGUCAGGAACAACCGAGUUGGUUUUUGACCUCUAGAGUCUUGGCGGGCUGGCAUCUGAGCUGGUAACGUGCGUGGCGGGUUAUGUAAGGAAAGGGCCGGAGGAGCCGCCCCAGCGGGAGCCGGGGAGAGGACGCGGUGUUCUCGGCAGCAGUCCCCACCCUCCAGCAGGGCAGGAGGCACCCAACUUGUAGGAGAAGGAGGAGGAGGGGAGGGUGAAACGGAGACCGGGGAGUCACGAGGGCUGGGCUGCCGAGGAGAGAGGAUACACAGUGGCACACAUCCAUUCUCUUAUACACGUUGCAGAAGCAAGUCACUGAUGGUUUCCACGUGCUACACUCGUGAGCUGGGGCCCUGAAAUAGGGAGCAGAGGGGUCGGAUCCCAAGGAACAGCCAGAGUGCCACACCUCGACGCUCCCACUUCAGGUCACACAACCAGUCCGCUCACCAGCUGCGCAGUUCCGGUUCACCACCAUCCUAUUUAAAGCUACGGGCUCCGCCCUUUUCUCCCCCUCCCUUCUUUUCCACUCCUUUUCCAUCCUCCUCCUUUUCUCAUCACCGGGUCCUCCUCACUAGCCGCAUGUAGGGGUGGAGCACCGAAUGCUCACCUUCCAACCAAUCGUCAUUUGACUGCCUCUCUAUUGGCCGAGCCCCUGUAGGCUUUAGCAAAUAGGAUAUGAACUUCAGUAACUAGGGUCACGUGCCACUGACUAGACAACCAAUGAGGGUGGGAGGUCUGUGUACGCAGAGGGAAGGCACGUGCAGAGCUGCACGUGUCUGGGAGGGGGAAGGGGCGGGACCCAGUGGGAGAGAGGCGGAGGUGGGGAGCGGAGAGGCUAGAGUCUGAGAAAGAGCUGGAGACCGCUGGGGCUGAGCCGCCCAGAUGCAAGUGAGGAGACUCAGAGGACAGGUAGCGAUCCACGCGGGAGGAUCAGACCCGGAGGGAGUGGGCUUAGGAAUUCAACGCAAAUCUUGGUAUUACGAGGGAUCGCAUCACGUGGCUGGCGCUACUGAAGAGGGUCCGACGCAGGGAUCCUGAUCAGAAAUAUUGGGAAGAGGCGGGAGGUCUCUGUAAGGUGCGGGUCCUUCGGGGUCCCUAGGUGAGUAUGGGUUCCAGAUUUCCGGCCCGUUUGUGGCAUGGGCCUCAGGUAGAGAGGUUUGCCGCGAGGUCAGGAUGGGACCAGAGCAGGUGAAUCAGGGGAAGGUGUCAAAUGAUGUAAUUUACUCUGCACUGAAGGAAGUCUGUGUGUCAGGCUAGGAGCUGCUCUGCGGAGGCCAGGGAGGCAAUCCAGGUUCUUAACCUGGGGAGGGGGAUGAGUUUUUCUAUUGUCCCCGAGACAGGUAAUUUUGGGGAGGGAGAGAAGAGCUACUAUUAUAGCACACAGUACACCCCAGUCUCCCCGUCCAUUUCCCAAUCCUUAGAUUCUGGUUUCAAACUCCCUCGCUUUGCUCUUCAGUUGCAGGUCCCGAUCUUUGGGUACUCCGGGAGCUGCUCUCCAGCCUCUGCUUCUGAACCUAUGGAUUCUCCAUCUAGCGUUUCUUCCUAUUCUUCCUAUUCUCUUUCUUCCUCUUUUUCCACCUCCCCAGUGAACAGUGACUUUGGCUUCCCCUCCGAUAGUGAGGGGGAGGACAAGUGGGCCCAUGGCCCCAGGCCAGACACUGUUGAGUCGAGGGGAGGUUCUCGGCCCAGUCCGGGUCCUAUCCGCUGCAGGCAACGACCCAAGGUUUCCAGUAACCAACAUACAGCAUCUCACUUGGAACAGCGGGGCUUGGCUUCUUCUAUGGCAGGAUCUGGGGUCAAAAGAUCGAGAGAUGGUGAAGUGGAGCCAAGUCUAAAUAUCCACGGUUGUACCACCGAAGGAGAUCUGCUCUUUGCUCAGAAGUGUAAAGAGCUCCAAGGAUUCAUUCGACCUCUGACAGACCUACUGAAUGGGUUGAAGAUGGGUCGAUUUGAAAGAGGAUUGAGCAGUUUCCAGCAGAGUGUAGCAAUGGAUAGGAUCCAGCGUAUCGUGGGUGUUUUGCAGAAGCCACAGAUGGGAGAGCGUUAUCUAGCAACCCUGCUACAGGUAGAAGGAAUGUUAAAGAUUUGGUUUCCUCAUAUAGCUGCCCAGAAGUCAUCAUUGGGUAGUAGCAGGCACCAGCUGACCAAGCAUUUUCCAAGCCACCACAGUUAUCCAGCUGCUUCCUCUCCUUCACCUCCCAUGGAAAGGAUGGACCAUACACAGCUAAGACAGCUAGUACUGAAACCAAAGCAGCCCUGGCACCUCACUGAAUUGCCAGCUAUGAACCUCACUUGGAUCCACACCACUCCAAUUUGCAAUCCCCCUCUCAGUUCCCCAGGUGCCAUCUCCUUUAGCCAUGGUCCUUUAGGCACUGGAACCAGCAUCGGUGUCAUCCUGUUCCUCCAGCAUGGAGUACAGCCCUUCGCCCAUUCAGCCCUAGCCACUCCAGUUCCAUCUACUACAGCAUCUCCUGUCACCCCUGGCGAUCCUAAGAAACUAUCUGGAGAGGGGCCUUGUUGCCACAGUUUGCCAGUAACUCUGCCAUCAGACUGGAACUGUAACCCAUCCCCUCCUGGUCUACCCGUUGUGACCAGAGAGAUGACCAUAGGACACCUAGAGCAGAUGAGAAGCCAUCCUCCAGUUGCUCCUGAUGUCCAUCCUCUCAACCCCUAAUCCAGGACUUGAGACUGAGAACUGUAGUUUCUAAUUUGUGUAAAUAUAUGUCUCUCUCUCUAUUUUUUUACUUUUAAUGUGUGCAUUUGUGUUGAGGGAAGAUAAAUCCUUUCUGAUUAAAUAAAUUUUAUAUCUUAGUUU